UAUAUUACGUCUUUAACAUUACACUUUUAUUUGAUCUAUUUUAGGUUUUAGAAUUGUAAUUAUAAUGUUGUUGUAAUUGUAAAGUUUUAGUCCUAAAGAAAAGUGGAGAUGCCGGGGAUUGAACCCGGGGCCUCAUACAUGCAAAGCAUGCGCUCUACCACUGAGCUACAUCCCCUUAUGAAACCAUUGGGUAUAAAUUCAUAUGAGAGCUUUGUAGAAGUCCAUUUAUGAAAUUAAACUUUUCUAACACUUACAAAAUGUGAUAUUCCCACUUUAGAAAAACAUUUUCUCUUAAAGCUAAAUUGUUAAAAACCUCCGUAGCUUUAUUCUAAUGAUUCGUUAUUAAAAUAAAAUGAAUUAUGAACUUUAUAAACAGUACAGGAGUGCAGUAAUUUAGAUAAGAUAAUUAACGUGUCUGACUGACUUAAUUAUUUGUAGAUAUUAUUUUUUUAUUAUUAUUUUUCAUCUUAUACCAGUGUACGUGCAGCCUUCGUUGUGGUGGCACCGACAUCCCUUGCUCAUCGAUUACGGUGCUGAUUGGUUUAAAAUUCCACACAAGCUGAUGGUGGCCAAUGAAAUUACUCUACGUUGAGCUCUAAUAAUGACAUCUCGUCAUUUCGUUCAUCGGUGCUAUGUGCUGGAAACUCGCAGGUGAAUGUGUGUACACGCAGAUGACGAACCACACACAAGCGCUCUGAAAUGGGAUGUUUCAUAGGCUAAGGACUACGACAAACGCCGGGCGGACAGCUGAAUUUGAAGCGGAAUUUUAUAUCAUAUCACAGGCAUGUCCGCUUUUGUGGCCCAUCCCUCGGUUCGUGUCAGAGGAACAGAACACGCAUACACACCUGUGCUGUGUCAGGAUGAGAAGUGUUUGGGGCAGGAGAAAGGAGUGCAUAUGCACUGCCCACUCUGUUCUGUGGCCGAGGCUUACCAAGAUCCCGUCAUCCUGCGAGCUCACUUUCGCAUCAAACACGUGGACAAAGGCAUUGACUUUGCAGGCUUGAAGGUGCUGCGUUGCUGUAUCCAUUGUGAGAUUGUGGGAACUAUUAAAGGAGAAAAGAGGUUUAAAGGUGCGCAUUGGCACUGUUACCGCUGUAGAAAUGGUUUCAACAGGAGGGACGAGGCCAUCAAACACUAUAAAACACACUUCCGAAAUCCCCACACCACAUUCCAGAUCCAAGUGACACAGAAUGUGAACUGCCGACAGUAUUAUGGUGAGAGCUCAGAGGCUCAUGCUAAAGCAUAUGAAGGGCUGGCAGUGAGUCUUGGAUCAGGAGGAGAUGGCACAAGCAUUGGAUCCAUAUUAACUCACCCCAUCCUGACCACCGGCACUGAAACCCUAUUGACUGUGGAACCAAAGGAAGAUGGUGAGAGAAAUGGGAUCCCACUUGGUGCUGAGGAGGAGGUGGGGUCUUCCCAGAAUUCAUGUGAUGGGACACAGACUCUUGUUCUUAUGGACCCUGAUGGACAGGGAAACAGUGUAAUCUAUGACACAGCUACUGGUAUCAUUACUGAACAGGACGCAGAAGGUUUGGAACAGACCCUGCUACAGAAACGACUCCUGGAGCUCCACCAACAGAUGUACGCACUCCGUCAAGAGAAGGAGACUAUGGAGAAGACACUACAAGCUGAGAUUAAACAGCUCAAAGAACAGGUUGCAAGUCUGGUUCAGUCUAAUGUUCGGAUGUUUGAGGAACUGCAAGCAUACCGAUGUCCAGAUCACAGCCAGCAGAAGGUGGCCAAGCUUAUGGAAAACCUUGAAGCUCAGCACAAGGAGCUCCUGCAGGCCCAGUUGGCCUCACUCAGGAGGGAGGUCCUGUCAGGAGCAAAUAACAUGCCAAUCAAUGGCCACAAGGGGGCACUGGAGCUCAAUGUGGAUCCAGAAGAGCCACAAACUGAAGUUAUCAGUGGCAAUUUAACAGAACUGGAGGAUAUGGAUGUACAGUUACAAACUGAGCAGCAUGAGGCACUAAGAUCCACAGAGCUUGAACUAGUGCCAGCUGAUACAAUGCCCUGUUUGGAGAGCCCCGACUUGGACUUAAAUUUGCCAAACACUGGCUUGACUACAUCUAAGGUUUUAGAGGAUAAACGGGAAGUGUCAUUGUCCCUUGUAUCGUCUAAAAAGCGCAGCUCACCGGAUGACUCAGUAGACACAGUUGAAAGCAAAGUACAAAGAGUCAGCUGAGAAUGACUUUACAUUAAACACACACUCGUCUCCAUUCCUUUUUUUUUUUUAACGCUUUUUAAAAAUUGCUGUUACCUUGGUCACACAUUUCCAAGUCAAAAAGUUUGUGAUCUGUGUGUAUUCUGUCAUUUUACAAAAUAUACAUACAUAUACAUUUCCAUGAUACAAUAUUUUUGACCUUUUCCAUGCUUAUUUAUAUGUUUAAAUGCUGGUUUGGCAAUGCUUUUUGAUGUACUCGUAUGCUCUUUUCACUCAAAGAAUGAAUGCAUUGGAUUUCAGUUUGCUUCUUUUGUUCUUUGAGUAUAAAUAGAAGCAUUUUAUCAUGAAUUCAUAAAGUAAACAUUUUGUGAUGAGCUAUGGAAAAAUGUUUUAUGUUGGGUUGCCAAAUCUUGAAGGUCUGUCGGCGACAUCCA